AUGGCAUCAGGAGCUUCGAAUAUCAUCCACCAUCUUGACAGACUCACUCCAACCAAACAGCCAAGAUGUCUCUGAACAUCCCAAAUGCACCGAAUUCCGGCUUGUUCAAGCAAGGAUAUCAGAACUAUGAAUCUGAAGAUGGCGCCGUUCUCCGUAAUAUCGAUGCCUGUCGCACUAUAGCUUCGACUGUUCAGACAUCAUUGGGACCCUAUGGAAGGAAUAAGAUUGUCAUCAAUCAUCUGCAAAAGAUGAUUCUGACAUCUGAUGCUGCGACCAUCCUCCGCGAGCUCGAUGUUGUGCACCCAGCAGCAAAACUUAUCGUUAUGGCAAGUCAGCAACAAGAAGCAGAGAUGGGAGAUGCAACGAAUAUGGUCAUAGUACUUGCAGGAGAAUUACUCAAGAAGGCUGAGGAUCUGCUACGAAUGGGCUUGAAGACCAGCGACGUGAUUCUUGGAUACGAGCGUGCGCAAAAGUUUGCUUUAGAGGAGUUGGAGAAACUUGCUGUGGACAAAGUAGAGAAUAUGAGAUCACAAGAAGAGCUUAGCAAGGCCAUCCGAACUGUCAUUGCCAGCAAACAGAGCGGUAGCGAGGAUUUCCUUGCAAAUAUGGUGGCGGAAGCUGUUCUGGCUGUGCUUCCAAAGAACCCUGUCAACUUCAAUGUUGACAAUAUCCGUGUGGUCAAGAUUAUGGGAGGUAGUCUGGAACAAAGCAGGGUAGUCAAGGGUAUGGUCUUCGGUCGGGAGCCAGAUGGAUCAGUCAAGAAGGCGACAAGAGCCAGGGUUGGUGUAUUCUCAUGCCCAAUUGAUAUCAGCCAGACAGAAACGAAAGGGACGGUGCUGCUACAUAAUGCGAAGGAGAUGUUGGACUUCACAAAGGGAGAGGAGAACCAGCUGGAAACUGCCAUCAAGGAACUCUACGACUCUGGUCUUAGAGUUGUUGUUGCUGGUUCUACUGUUGGCGAGCUGGCGAUGCAUUACCUCAACCGUUUCGGCAUCCUGGUCAUUCGCAUUCUCAGCAAGUUCGAAUUACGAAGAUUAUGCAGAGUUGUUGGAGCCACACCAUUGGCCAGAUUGGGGGCGCCGAUGCCAGACGAGAUGGGCAGCGUCGAUAUCGUCGAGACGCUCGAGAUAGGUGGUGACCGUGUGACGGUCUUCAGACAAGAAAAUGAGACGACCAGAACGGCUACACUCGUCAUUCGAGGUGCAACUCAAAACCAUCUGGACGACAUUGAGCGUGCCGUUGAUGAUGGUGUCAAUGUUGUCAAGGCUAUCACAAGAGAUCCAAGGCUUGUCCCCGGUGCUGGAGCUACAGAAAUGCAACUUGUCGAGCGGAUACAGGCUUUCGGCGACGUUACUCCCGGUUUAUCUCAAUACUCGAUCCGAAAGUUCGGCGAGGCAUUCGAGGUCAUCCCAAGAACGCUGGCUGAGAGUGCCGGGCUGGACGCGACCGAAGUGCUGAGCAGACUGUACACUGCCCAUCACAAGAAGGAUAGUUGGACUACUGGUGUUGACAUAGAGAAUGAGGACGAGACUGGAACGCUUGACGCAAAGGAUGAAGGCAUCCUCGAUCUCUUGAUCUCAAAGAGUUGGGCUAUCAAACUAGCCACCGAAGCUGCUAGAACUGUUCUUGCUGUUGACCAGAUUAUUGUUGCGCGACAAGCUGGUGGGCCAAAACCCCCGGGACCCAACGCUAACUGGGAUGAGGAUUAGAUGUACUUUAAUACAGGCGCUCGGAUGUGUACAAUACCAUUAGAAAAGCGAUUUCAAAGUGACAUGAGACACAAUAUCCCAAAUAG